AUGAUUGGCGACUCCAAGAUCGAAGAUAACUCUCCGCUGGCGUAUUUGACAGUGACGGCCUAUGUUGUUGGGUUCUCUGCCGGACCGUUGCUUCUUGCACUGCUGAGUGAGACCUUCAACAAGAAGCUUGUAUAUCAAGUUUGCAAUGUGGUCCUGCUUUUGUGCAGGUUUGCCUGCAUGGUUGCGCCCUCGGCCGAGUGGCUCAUUUUCUUCCGCUUUCUGGCUGAGUGCGCCGGUGCAAGCCCGAUCACCUAUGGCACUGGGACGGCGAUGGAUGUCAUGACCACGGAGAAGCGUGCCCGCGCCAUGUCAGUAAUGGCGUUUGGGAGUGUUUGCAAUCCCACGGUUUGA